ACAAGAUUGGUUGAAGCAUAGUGUUGUCUCCAAUGGGGCUUCAUGGUGAGCGUGAACGAUGUCAGGGCUAGAUAAGCAGGUCAUCGUAAGGCUUGGAUCACAGCCAUCCAAUAUGGUCAGCACAUCACAGCAUAGUCCCUUGGUCGGUAGUUGAGGGCCGGUACGAGUACGCCAACCUAGGAAAUUCCUGGGUUGGAGGUGAAGGGGGUAAAGGAUACGAGCCACUUCACGAGUUGAAUAUGCAAGUUCCAAACGUCAUUACUAAUAUUGGCCGUGGGUCGGCCUGUAGAUAUCAGGCAUAUGCAGGUGCUUCUCGCCCGAGAGCUGUGCUUUGCGGAUCGUCCUGCACGGGACCUGGAUUUAGAUGGAAUAUAAAGUCCGGUGGGGUUGUCUCUAAGGCCAACUACAGUUCAACUUCAUCACCAACCUCAGCUACACCUACAGCCACUCAUACACCUUGCACAACACUCGGAGUUCGACGGUUCGAGGUUCAGACGCCGCGCAACAUCCAGGGACAUAGACGAUACCUCCGACUCGAUCCUACACCACAAACCGACAGAAGCAGAAGCAAACGCAAAAGCAAAAUGGCACCGCCGUACAAUGAUUUGAAGUACUACACUGCUGGGACGCCGAACGGCCUGAAACCCGCCAUCCUUCUCGAAGAGCUCGGCUUGAAGUACGAGACUCAUGCGAUUAAUAUCAUGAAAAACGAGCAAAAAGAGCCAUGGUUCAUCGAGAUCAACCCGAACGGACGGAUUCCGGCAUUGAAGGAUGGAGAUCUGCGCGUUUUCGAGUCCGGGGCGAUCAUGUUGUAUCUCACGGAUAUGUAUGAUAAGGAGAAGAACUUCACAUACCAGUACGGGACGGACGAGUACUACGAGAUGAUGAGUUGGUUGAUGUUUCAGAUGGGCGGCAUCGGACCUAUGCAAGGACAAGCCAACCAUUUCCGCGCAAUGGCACCAGUCUACUCGGCCUACGGAAUCAAGCGGUACAUUGAUGAGACCAAGCGAUUGAUUUCGGUGCUCGAAAUUCGCCUGUCCAAAGCAGAUUGGUUGGCUGGGGACAAAUACACCAUCGCCGACAUGGCGAGUUAUUCCUGGGUGCAAGGGGCGCCGCUAUUCUUGGACAUUGACCUCAGUGAAUUCCCUGGCGUCGACAAGUGGAUCAAGAGGAUUGGGGAGCGAUCAGCUGUGCAGGCAGCUAAGAAGGUCGGCUCGUCUUGGUCUGAUGAGCAGAUGAAGGAGAUGAUUGGGGGAAUGAAGGCCAAAAUGGAUGCGAAGAAGGGCACCGAGCAGGAAGAGGAAUCGUCCAAGAUCUGAGACAGUGAGUCAUGGGUAAUAAAGAUGUUUGGUACCGUAUGGAUCAAUAUUGAUACCCAGAAUCAGACACCUACCAGACACGCCAGAACUGUCUUUUAUGGACUGAAAGAUCGGGAUAUCAUUGAUCCGCGCUAUUUCAUCUUGCCAUCUUCGCGCCUUUACGGAUAGGCACAUCACCUUUGAUAUUCUGGCCGCUCACACUGAAGGAAUAGAUCGCAACAAUAGUAAGUCUAUUGAUCGCAUUCUCGUUAUUAGACUUUCGCGAGGUGAUGCCUUGCUGCUGGCAAGAUUCAGUGAGUCUUGACCGCCUCCCCAUGUUUUCAAUCAAUGAAGGACUGUGACUCAAUGGUCCUCGUGAACAAGGUAUAUCAAAGAAAAUGGGACCUUGGUAUUGAUCUGGUACAAGCAGCAUUUUCAGUGGGAAAACAA